AUGUGUCCUGUGGAGUGGGAAGACCGAGAGGAGGAACCAGUCAAAAAGAAAUCUGAUGGACCAGAUAAUAUCAUCAAGAGGAUAUUUAAUAUUUUGAAAUUCACCUGGGUUCUGUUUCUGGCAACAGUGGAUAGUUUCACAACUUGGCUUAACUCCAUUUCAAGGGAGCAUAUUGAUAUAUCUACAGUUCUGAGAAUUGAAAGAUGCAUGCUGACCAGAGAAAUUAAAAAGGGCAACGUUCCCACUCGGGAGAGCAUCCACAUGUACUACCAGAACCACAUCAUGAACCUUUCCAGAGAGUCUGGACUGGACACCAUUGAUGACCGUCCUGGCGUUGCUUCCGGCGCACAGCCAGCCCACAGGAUGGAUAGCUUAGAGUCACAUGACAGUAUCUCCAGCUGCUACACCGAAGCAACCAUGCUGUUCUCAAGGCAAUCUACCCUUGAUGAUUUAGAUGGACCAGAAACUGUUCCUAAAACAAGUGAGCGUGCUCGACCUAGGCUUCGUAAAAUGUUCAGCAUGGAUAUGUCCUCCUCAUCAGCUGACAGUAGCAGUUUAGCAUCAAGCGAGCCCACGCAGUGCACCAUGCUGUACUCGCGCCAGGGGACCACGGAGACCAUAGCGGAGGUGGAGGCCGAGCAGGACGACGAGGCGGCGGCCGGGGACGCCCGGCAGGGCGGGGAGGCCACGGCGGACAUGGGGCCGGAGGAGGCCUCGGAGGCCUCGGAGGCCUCAGACGUCGGCCUCACCCCGGAGGCUGAGCUGCCGCAGUACUCCACCGAGGACGGGGACGUGGAGGCCCCGCCGUCCUACAGCAAGGCAGUCAGCUUCGAGCGCCUGUCCUUCUGCUCGAGGGAUGACUCUGCAGGCCAGAGCCACAUGGCCGUGAGUCCUGACGACAGCCGCUCGGACAGGCUCGAGUCCAGCAUCUUACCGCCCCUGACUCACGAGCUGACGGCCAGCGAGCUGCUGCUGAACAAGAUGUUCCAUGAUGACGAGCUUGAAGAGUCAGAGAAAUUCUACGUCGGCCAGCCCCGGUUCUUGCUGUUGUUCUAUGCCAUGUACAACACUCUGGUGGCUCGCUCAGAAAUGGUGUGCUAUUUUGUGAUCAUACUAAACCACAUGGUCUCUGCUUCCAUGAUCACCCUUGUGCUCCCCAUUCUGAUCUUCCUGUGGGCCAUGCUGUCUGUCCCCAGGCCCAGUAGACGAUUCUGGAUGAUGGCCAUUGUCUACACAGAGGUGGCAAUUGUGGUCAAGUAUUUCUUCCAAUUUGGGUUCUUUCCCUGGAACAAGAAUGUGGAAUUGAACAAAGAUAAACCUUACCACCCACCUAAUAUCAUAGGAGUGGAAAAGAAAGAAGGUUAUGUCCUUUACGAUCUCAUUCAGCUCCUGGCUCUUUUCUUCCAUCGGUCAAUUUUGAAGUGCCAUGGCUUGUGGGAUGAAGAUGACAUCACCGACAGUGGCACAGACAAGGAAGAGUCAGAUGAUGAGCUCUCCCUCAGUCGUGGCAGGAGAGCCUCCUCCGAUUCUCUCAAAUCCAUCAACCUGGCCGCAUCGGCAGAGUCGGUACACGUAUCCUUCCCGGAGCAGCCCACUGCCAUCCGGAGGAAGCGAUCGGGAAGCAGCUCCCAGAUAUCCCCCAGAUCCAGCUUUUCUUCCAAUAGGUCCAAAAGAGGCAGCACAAGCACCCGGAACAGCAGUCAAAAAGGAAGCAGUGUUUUAAGCAUCAAGCAGAGAAGCAAAAGGGAACUUUAUAUGGAAAAGCUUCAAGAACAUUUAAUCAAAGCUAAAGCAUUUACCAUAAAGAAGACUUUGCAAAUAUAUGUGCCCAUCAGACAGUUCUUCUACAACCUCAUCCAUCCAGACUACAGUGCUGUGACCGACGUGUAUGUGCUCAUGUUCCUGGCUGACACUGUUGACUUUGUCAUCAUCGUCUUUGGCUUCUGGGCCUUCGGGAAACACUCAGCAGCAGCAGACAUCACCUCUUCACUGUCGGAGGACCAGGUUCCUGGGCCGUUUUUGGUGAUGGUCCUCAUUCAGUUUGGAACCAUGGUGGUGGACCGAGCCCUAUACCUCAGGAAGACUGUACUGGGAAAGGUCAUUUUUCAGGUCAUUCUCGUGUUUGGAAUUCACUUCUGGAUGUUCUUCAUCUUGCCUGGUGUGACUGAGAGGUAAGGUGGAAGCUGGAGGCAUGCACCCACUUUAAUGCAAAUAUAUUGCAGAAGGUUAUCAUCCCAUAUGCAUCGCCACAACAGAAUCACCAGGUACAGACGGAGGCAUGGCAGAACAGAAAAGUUAGAGGUCUUCGUCAAUAUUAA